AUGAAAAAAGAGAUUGGCAGAAAACAUAUGAAAGAAAAGAAAACAUAUCUACGCAUGUGUUCACUACGUUUCUGUAUAACUUUACUGGUAUUUUUUUUUUUGUACGUCUUGCCUCCUUUUAAAUGUGUACGCAUGAAUGGGCAAUGUGCGAUCCUUCCCCCGCAGUGGGACAGUGUACGCUUGUUGGUUGCGGCUGUGGAACUGCGGUGGGGGGGGAAAGGAAAAAUGCGUUCCGGCCUGUUUAAUGCGGAGGGACUUGCGAAGGAACCCGUCAGUGGGUUUGAGAAGAUAACGGAGGGGACAGCGGCCGUUUUAUUUCCACCGGCGAACGUCAAAGGCACUUCAGCCAGCCAGCAUGCAGACUGCACGAAGAGACAAGGCGAUCAUCGCGAUGCAGAUGACAUUGACGAUGACGGUCAGGCCGUCUUUUACAAUCCUGCGCAGGUGGUCAAUCGUGACCUGAGUGUAUGUGCACUGGCGUGUUUUUCACAUCUACGCCGCGAAGAGCCUCGCCGCAAGGGGGGCACGCGUGAUGGCAUCACUAUUCUGGAGGCGCUGAGUGCAACGGGUCUCCGGGCCAUCCGCUACUACAACGAGGUCCCUGGUGUUCGUUUUAUCAUCGCAAACGACCUCGACCCCGACGCCGUUGCAUGCAUCCGUCGUAACUGUGAGUUUAACGGUGUGCCCUGCGCCAGGCCGACACUGACAGAAAACUUCCCACCGGAGGGCAUUCGUGUGGAUGAGGCCACUGGAGAAAUCGAAGCUGGUGGUGCGGUGAUACCAAAUCUGGACGACGCGAAUGAUUUGAUGUUUCGUCUGGCCGCAAACUCCACCGUGUACGCUGGACGCCGUUUUUGCGCGAUACCAUCCCAGAUGGCGACUAACAUCACCACUUCUAAUGAUGACGCCAGCGUGAACGAGGCGCAUCCGUUGCUGCAACAGGAGCUGAUGGAUGUGGUGGAUUUGGAUCCAUACGGUUCAGCCUCUCCCUUUUUGGAUGGUGCUAUGCGGUGUAUCAAGGAAGGGGGAUUGCUGCUUGUGACAAGCACAGACAGUGCCAUUUUGUGUGGGGGACACCCGGACACAUGUCAUGCCAAAUACAACACAAUCCCUACAAAGAAUGCUGCAUGUCAUGAAAUGGCUGUGAGAAUUCUUCUUGCCGCGUUGGAGCGCGUUGCAAAUAAACACCGCAGGUAUAUUUUACCCCUGCUCUCACUGCACAUUGACUUUUACGUCCGAUGCUUUGUUCGUGUCUAUACGCAACCAGCGGAAGUAAAGCUCAGUCCAUGCAAAUUGGGGUACCUUCUGCAGUGUAGUCAUUGCCCAGCGUACUGGGUGCGCCCAAUGGCAGUUGCUCGUAUGCGAGACAAGAAGUGUGCACGAAAGAAAAACAAAAUGCCCAACAACGAUCUAUUGAAGAGUUCUAUUAGCAGUGGAAACAAUAAUGAUAAUAACAAUAUAAAUGAUGCUUCCAAGGGCAAUGAUAUGGGGAAUGACCAUGCGGAAUGUAGGGCUGAUACGCUUGGGAGGGAACGCUUUCCUGCAAUACCUUUGAGGCAGGAGAAUCCAAAAAUCACAUCUUGUAGUUUGCGGCAUAUGCUUCCAUGUGUAAACACGCACUGCUGCAAUGUAUGUGGUGCUUCUCUGACGUUGUCGGGUCCAAUUUACGCUGCCCCAACGCACUGCGUUUCGUUCCUUUUGCAACUCCUGCAGGAAGUGGAGCGGCGUGGUGCCGCAAAACAGAUUACGGCAGAGGCACGUGUUGCUGGUCUGGUGCGUCUGGCCAUGGAAGAGUUGCCUGACACCCCGCUGUUCUAUCAAAUUCCCGACAUUGCCUCCUUUGUGAAGGUGCGAUGCCCACCCACGCCACAACUCGUGGGCGCACUGGGGCGAAUGGGAUAUCGAUGCAGCCAAGUUCAUUGUGCCCCAUCGGGGCUUAAAACGGACUGUCCGCCCGACGUUCUUGUCCGUGUGAUGUUGCAGUGGAAAAGGGAGCAGGAACAGGCAUCUGGUGAUGCUGAGAAGGGCAGUUGUGAUGCGGCGAAAGCAGCUGUAUUGAGCGCCACAGCAGCUGAGGCCAUAAACGAGAAGGCGGGGGAAGAAGAGAAGAGGGGUGCUGGUGUCUUUUUGCUGGAGCCAAUUGACGGGGCCGAUUUUUCAUACGACCGACGGUUUGAUUUUCGCGGCGCUGUAACGGGUGUAGCCAAGUUCAUUCCAAAUGCGCCGAACUGGGGACCGAAGCGACGUCAUCAGGGCGCCAUGCAUAACAAUGAUGAGCAAUUGACACAGAAACAGCGAAAAGAGUAA